AUGGCGCCGGCAAGGAGGAGAUGCGCCGGGUGGAGGCUCGCUGCUGUCCUCGCGGCGGCGCUGCAGCUCCUUCUCGCGGCGGCGGCGGACGCCGGGAAGUACAACGCGGUGUUCAAUUUCGGGGACUCGUUGGUGGACGCCGGGAACCUGGUGACGGAGGGCAUCCCGGACUACCUGGCCACGGCGCGGCCGCCCUACGGCCAGUCCUACUUCGGUUACCCCACGGGCCGCUGCUCCGACGGCCGCCUCGUCAUCGAUUUCAUCGCGCAGGAGUUCGGGCUGCCGCUGCUGCCCCCGUCCAGGGCCAAGAACGCCAGCUUCGCGCGGGGCGCCAACCUCGCCAUCACCGGCGCCACGGCGCUCGACACCGAGUUCUUCCAGAAGCGGGGGCUCGGCAAGUUCGUCUGGAACUCCGGCUCCCUCUUCACCCAAAUCCAGUGGCUGCGCGACCUCAAGCCCACCUUUUGCAACUCCACUCAAGAGUGCAAGGACUUCUUUGCCAAGUCCCUGUUUGUCGUCGGGGAAUUUGGUGGAAACGACUACAACGCGCCGCUCUUCGCCGGGAAGGACCUCAAGGACGCCUACCAGCUGAUGCCUCAUGUGGUUCAGGGAAUCUCAGAUGGUGUUGAGCAAUUGAUUGCUGAGGGGGCAAAGGAUUUGAUUGUGCCUGGAGUGAUGCCGUCUGGAUGCUUUCCAGUGUACUUGACCAUGUAUGUUGACCCUAAAGAGGGGUACGGUACGCGGAGCGGCUGCCUCAAGCGUUUCAACACCUUCUCAUGGGUGCACAAUGCAAUGCUCAAGCGUGCGCUGGAGAAGCUACGUGCCAAGCAUCCUGGCGUGAGGAUCAUAUAUGGGGAUUACUUCACACCGGUUAUCCAGUUCCUGCUUAACGCUGAGAAGUUCGGAUUUCACAAACAGCCACCUAGAGCAUGCUGUGGUGCUCCUGGGCAGGGUCCUUACAACUUCAAUCUGACAGCCAAGUGUGGUGAGCGUGGUGCUACGGCGUGUGCUGAUCCAAAGACACAUUGGAGCUGGGAUGGGAUUCACUUGACGGAGGCCGCAUAUGGACAUAUUGCCAGAGGUUGGUUGCACGGCCCAUUCACGGAUGAGCCUAUCAUACAGUCUUCCUGAGCAUCUUCAUAGUCGCUUGGCCUGUUGUGCCUAUAGAAUGUAUCAAAGUAGCACACCGAACCGGAGCUGAUAAGGUAGUUCCGUAUAGUUGGAUGUAUAUCUCGAUCCAUUUUGUUCGAGUUCAUCGCAGUCAGGUAAAGAGGGGUGAGAUAGGAGGAAAUUAAAGCAUGGUUUCUUUAUUUAUCGGGUGGCAUAAGUAACAAAAUGUACUGCACAAUAUGAUGCUUGCUAUGAUCAUGCCUAGCAUCUGACUUGUUGAUCAAAAGCAGUAUGGUUCUUAACUCAACUGUUGUCUGAAAUA